AUGCCUGUCGAUUUGUCUCUCAUCUUAUAUUUUGCUCUCCCCCACCCCGUUCCGCUACAGCAACAGUUAUUUUAUCAUUUUAUUCUUCUACACAAUCUUCUUCCGUCUCCGUUUCUUUUCUUUUCGGCAGUCAUUGUCGCAUUUUGUCACCUGACUUUCUGUAAAGGCUUUCAUACCGUGUCUUCGUUGUUAAUCGAAUAUCUGGACAUCGAUCGGCACCUUUUUUCAAUCUGCAGAUCUUUUGACAAUUUGGGGCCAUUGGGAAAUUAUGUUGUGAAGAAUAUGGAAAGAAAUUCGAUUGACUUCUCUGUCAGGUGCGUCAUAUUCAUUCUCUAUCCUAUGUGUGUCCUCUGUCUUACAGGUGUUAUCUAUCGUGCAUGUGUUCAUAAUAUGAACAGUUCUCUCUCCUACAUGUAUUUAUUGUCCCACAUGUGUUCUCUCUCCACAUGUGUUCCUAAUAUGAACAGUUAUCUAUCCUACAUGUGUUCUCUAUCCUAUGUGAUUUCACAUUAUACGACUUACUUUUUUUUUUAUAUUUCAUUUACGUUUCGUUUGUCGUUUCUUUCAAAUGUUAUUCUUUAUUGUUUGGGUUAUUCCAUUCUUUCCGAAUUGCAUUUUUUUUUGUCUUUCUUUCUUUCUUUCUUUCUUUCUUUCUUUCUUUCUUUCUUUCUUUCUUUCUUUCUUUCUCGUUUGCUUGCUGAUUUUCUGAUGUUCUUUCUUUCUACUAUUUUUAAUUUCUUUCUUCUUUCAUUUUUCCUUUCUAAUAUAUUUCAUUGUCAUCAUAUCUUUAAUUUUCUUCACUCUCUUCCCAUAACGACAUUCUUCCUUCCUUUCCUUCCUUCCUUCCUUCUCUCCUUCCUUCCUUCCUUCCUUCCUUCCUUCCUUCCUUCCUUCCUUCCUUCCUUCCUCUCUCUCUCUUUCCUUCCUUCCUUCCUUCCUUCCUUCCUUCCUUCCUUCCUUCCUUCCUUCCUUCCUUCCUUUUCUUUCUUUCUUUCUUUCUAUUUUUCAUUUCCUCCCAUAUCAAAUUUCUUUCUUUCUUUCUUUCUUUCUUUAAUUUUCGUCUCUGUCUUCCCGUACCGACUUUGUCAUUUUUUCUUCACUAAACCUACUAAUGACUAUCGUCGUUGUUCUUGCUUACACUCUUCUCAUGUCUCCCUUCCUUUAUUUCAUUUUUUUCUUUCUUUCUACUAUUUUUAUUGCCUUCGCCAUACCUUUACCGUUCUUCUCUGUCUUCACGUAUUGAUUUUCUGUCUUUUUCUUUCUUUCUUUCUUUCUUUCUUUCUUCAUUCGUUCGUUUUCACUAUUUUUUCAAUGGCAUUUGGAACACAUUAUCCCCCCUCUUUCUUUUCCUUUCUUUCUUUCUUUCUUUCUUUCUUUCUUUCUUUCUUUCUUUCUUUCUUUCUUUCUUUCUUUUUUGUUCUGAACUAUUUUUCUCUUCUGUCUUUCCUUCCAAACAUAUCCGUCACUUUACUUCUUCUUUUUCUUCAUUGGAACCCAUUAUUCCUCUUCUUUCUUUUCCUUUCUUUCUUUUUACUUCUUUCUUUCUUUCUUUCUUUCUUUUCGAAACUAUUUUUCUCUUCUUUCUUUCUUUCCAAACAUAUCCGUCACUUUACUUCUUCUUUUUCUUCAUUGGAACCCAUUAUUCCACUUCUUUCUUUUCCUUUCUUUCUUUUUACUUCUUUCUUUCUUUCUUUCUUUCUUUCUUUCUUUCUUUCUUUCUUUCUUUCUUACGUUACUUCUCGCUACUAUUUAUGUGAUUGUCAAAUGUUUAAUGUUCUUUAUCUUCUUUCUUUCCUUCACAUUUUUCUUUCUAUUAAUUUUCAUUAUCUUCGUCAUUUCUUUAAUUUUGUUCUAUCUUCCUAUAUCCACUUCCUUCCUUCCUUCCUUCCUUCCUUCCUUCCUUCCUUCCUUCCUUCCUUCCUUUCCUUCCUUCCUUCCUCUCUCCUUCAUUCCUUCAUUCCUUCCUUCCUUUGUAAUUUUCUUUUCCUAUUCUUCGUCGUUUUUUUCCUUCACCCGUUCACGUCUUAUUCUCUCUUCCUUAAAUCCUCAUGUCGGUUUCAAUCUUUUCUUCUCAAAGAGACCACUCGACCAACCUCUUCAAAUUCUUCUUCCUUCUUCAUUGUCUACAUUCCAGAACUCAAUAGCCAACCUUCCGUACGGUAUAUAAAUCUAUCUAUGUCUCUUCAUUAUCUAUCUAUCUAUCUAUCUAUCUAUCUAUCUAUCUAUCGUAAUCUAGAAAAGGUACGGUAUAUAACAUUAUCUAAAUCUCUUCAUGAUCUAUCUAUCUAUCUAUCUAUCUAUCUAUCUAUCUAUCUAUCUAUAUAUUCAUGA